GUCGACAUCUUCAGACUGAUUGAAACGGGCUUCAUGAGAAACAAAUUCACCUCAAGUUUCCCGAAUCAAAGUGGACUCGUUUCUGAGAGGGGAUCGCAAAGUCAGGCUUCUCAAAGCAAGUGUGAUUUAACAUUCAGGACAUCGGCCUCGUCAGCACUAUUAUCUUCCCCAAGGCAAUCAAAGUGGGGAUUUUGUGCUGCGCAGUGACAUCGUCACAAUCAGCUCAUGAUGGAGGAGGCCGGCACUGCGACGACUUUGGACAAAUCUGCCCCCUGAAGGAGGAGAGGUGUAAGGGAUAAGUCCUUCUAAUCUUCCUGUUUUCAGCAGGCUCUGGGAAAGAAGAAGAAGUCAGCUGCAGCAGCAGCAGCCGGGGGAGGAUGGCCUGCGCGUUCGGCUGAUCGGAGGGGCGACCGAAGUCGGGUCAUGGAGAAAGUAAAAGGUCCCGCCGCCAGAUGCACCACGGCCACUUGUGGAUGGCGAGCCCUGCUUCUCCCGCAGCUGAACCGGCAGUCGCUGUACGUGUACGGCAGCGAGAUGGCCGUGGAGCAGGAGUGCAGGCGGCAGCUGCAGAGCGGAGUCUUUGUCAUCCAUCCGUUCAGCCUCAUGAGGAGUUACUACAUCAUGUGCAUGAUGGCCAUCACGUUCCUCAACCUCAUCGGGAUCCCAAUGGAGAUCGCCUUCCUGGACGGGAACAGCGGGCUGGCCUGGGAGGGGUUCAACGUGUUUUCUGACACGCUGUUCCUGAUCGACGUGGCCCUGAACUUCCGCAUGGGUAUCAUAACCGAGGACAGCGAGGAAGCUAUUCUGGACAUCAAGCGGAUCCGAGUCAGCUACCUGAGGACGUGGUUCAUACCCGACGUCAUCGCCGCCUUCCCCAUCGGUUACAUCCUGCUGUUUGCGGACUUGCAUUACAGCAACGACGACAACCCCUCCAAGACCAACAAGAUGAUGCGGAUCCUGAUGUUCGUGCGGAUCCUCAGCUUGAUCCGCUUGGCUCGGGUGUCCCGACUCGUCAGGUUCUUCAACGAGGUGGAGAAAGUGUCCAAUGCCAACCUGGAGGUGGUCCGCCUCUUCUUCCGCAUCCUGUCUCUCUUCAUGAUGAUCUUCCUGCUGUGCCACUGGAACGGCUGCAUCCAGUACUUUGUGCCCAUGCUGGAGGAGUUUCCCACCGACUGCUGGGUCCGAAAGGAGAACCUGAUGAAUGCAACGGUGAGCGUGAAGUACUCCUGGGGAGUUUUCCGAGCCCUGUCCCAGAUGAUCGCCCUCUCGUAUGGAUCCAUGGACGCGCCAACAAAUUACGUGGAAAUGUGGAUCGUCAUGGUCAGCAUGGUGUCCGGCUGUCUGAUGUACACCGUCCUCGUGGCCAACGCCACCACCAUGAUCGCCAACACCGACCCGGCCGCUAAGGAGUACAAGAGCAAGAUGAGCCGUCUGGAGCACUACAUGACCUUCAUGAAGCUCCCGCCGGAGCUGCAGCUUCGCAUCACCAACUACUACCAGGCGCGCUACGGGGGGAAGUGGUUCCAAGAGAAGGACGUCAUGGAGACGGUGUCCUCCGCGCUCAAAGAGCAAAUCCUGAUGGUGAUGUGCAGCCGGCUGCUGAGGAAAGUGCCAAUGUUUCAGACAAGAGACGAGAACUUCAUCAACGCCGUCCUCUUCAAGCUGGAGUACGAGGUUUUCCUGGAGGGGGACGCCAUCGUCCGACAGAACGUCCCCGGCGACCGCAUGUUCUUCAUUGACCACGGCCAGGUGCUGAUGGAGGCCGACUCCUACGAGAGGGAGCUGUGUGACGGAGACUUCUUCGGGGAGACGUGCGUGCUGACCAAAGGGAAACAUCUGGCCACGGUGAAGGCGCUGACCGACAGCCAGUGCUUCUCUCUGUCCUGGGACGACUUCCACGAGGUGCUGGACGGCUUCCCGGAUGUCAAGAAGGACUUGGAGACGAUGGUGGAGCUGGACACUGAGGGGGGACUCGUGUAAGACCGGUGCUUUGGACCUUUCUUUUUUUUUUUUUUUUCACCCUAAGGCGAAAAAGGGUGACACAGAUGUCUCCUGGACAUUUUGUGUGAUCGCGUGAGAGACAGCGGCCGGUUCCUCGCGUGGGCGCGAGAUAGACGGUUGCGACCUGAGCGAUGAGCAUUCCGUCAGCUGUACAUAAAAUAAACGGAGACCAGGACAGUAGAGAAGAGGUCAAACGUUUGAUCUAUGCCUCCUUGUGGAUGCUGCGAUUCGGCCGGACUUGGAAAGUCUCGGACAUUUUGGUUUCUUACCAGUUUUAUUUUUGUAGUUUUGACUGAGCAAGAAACGCAACCAUGUUUGCUUAACUUAUUUAAACCAAGGCAAGCUUUAAAGUUCUAACAACAAACACAUUUUUGAAGGUUUCGGGGCAUUUCUCUGCCUUAUUUGCUAGUGAAAGUGGAGAGAAGGUUUAGGUGGAAUAACUCGCUGCUCAGGUUAUUUGUGGUAUGCAUCGCUGUCACUCGGCUAAUGGGUUGCCCCAGUUAAUACAUUUCAACAGGGCGGAUGGACCCAGUUUGUACCCACGACUAGUGAGCUGCUGCUAUAUUACAUUUAUUUUUUUUAAACAUAUUUACAAAUCCGUUGUUUCGGUACCACGGACAGCGUCAUUUGGUUCACAGCCUCCAGGUCACGUUGCACGCUGCAUUCUGUGUAGUGACCAGCAGGGGGCGACUCCUCUGCUCCCAUAGACGUCUAUGAGAAAAUUACUUGAUUUAUUCUCUCAGUAAAUAUUGUAGAGUUUAUGAUCUCAA